AUGACGCGGAAAAAUGAUCAGACUGCAACGGGUUCGAAGAGAGCGCUCGAAGAUGGCGGUGCAGAUGUUGAACCCGGUCCGAAGUCCUCUAAGAACACCAAGAACACCAAUAAUGAGCAGAAUGGACGUAGUCCUGGACAAGCCAAUUGUGGCGCGACAGAUGCUGAUGCAGAAGAAUCAAUCAUCGCUGGUGCCGAGGUAAGACGAAACAACACGGAAAAAAAUGGCAGCAAUUCGAGAGUAAAAUCGCAGAUUCUUCGGCAACAAAAUCCACUUGCCUUGUAUGACACGACUAUCACUAAAACUAACGACGACAGGACAUCUCCGUCGACAAUAGGCCACCAUACGAAUACAUCUGCUUGACAAAACCUUACUAUGCAUACAAGGACGAUAAUGAAGAUGAGAACGAAGACGAGGAAGGGGAGGAAGAAGACGAAGGAGAAUCCAUUUUCAACAAACUCGCCUCUAAUCACCCGGACUGGACAUACACCAUCAUGGCAGAAAGCUGGCGCAAUUUCGUCGAUUGGAUUCGUUUUGCCAGUUCACCAACCCGGACAACUUCGACAUGCACAUCUACAGCGACUGGCAUUCCUGGGGCGUUUUCGAGCUGCUUGAGAAGUUGCUCAUUGAAUUCAACAAGGCCUUCACUGCGGAAGAUCUCAACAAGAUGUGGUCAGUCGUUGCCACGUUGGGACACUGGCUAAACCACGAAAGCUCGCAGAUGUGGCUGGCAAUCGAUGACGGCGAGGGUGCAGGCAAGGCUUUUCAGGUUGUUGGGUGUGCGCUUUUGACCGCAUUGAACCGUCUGGACAGAGAAGGGGAGCUCAAGCCAGAUUCACGAUUCCGGGAUCUUGGUUUCAUCAUGGCGUUGUUUCUCAAGGCUGGUGUAUCCGAUCCCGACCAGUAUAUGGAUUGGGUGCCAAAAAUUGUCUCCUAUGCAAAGAAGGCGGACAUUGAUCUGGCACAGCAGGGAUGUGACGGGAUGGAGGAUCUACUUGCGGAGCAUGGAGGCGAAGAGCCAAUGGCAAGCCGGGACUCAGCAGACCGCUGGCAGUGGGCGAAGAUGGUAAGCCUUUUGCCAGGCGUUAGUGGUGUGCGGUCGACGCUGAUUGUCUUUCAAGUUCAAAGCAUUGAGUCCUCGGGGCGGCGACCGCUACAAUAUUCUCAAGAUGCCUCGAAGAGAGCGGGCGAAGCAUGCUUUCGACAAGAAAGACCCGCUGAAAGAUUGGUCGGACAAGGAUCUGCAGGAAGGUAAUUUGGAGAUCGCAUUCGACUGA